GAACGUGCGCGCCCGCGACUUCGUUUCCGUCCGGAGGCGUUUGCCCAGCGCCCCGCGUCCCUGGGGGGCGGCGGCGGCGGCGGCGGCGGGCGCGGCGGCGGCGGGGGGAUCCGGAAGUCAACACCAUGUCGAGUCUGCACAAGAGCCGGAUUGCAGAUUUCCAGGAUGUCCUAAACGAGCCCACGAUCGCCUUGGAGAAGCUUCGGGAACUUAGUUUUAGUGGCAUCCCCUGUGAGGGCGGACUGCGCUGCCUCUGCUGGAAGAUUCUCUUGAACUACCUCCCCUCGGAGCGAGCCUCGUGGGCCUCGGUCCUGGCCAGGCAGCGGGAGCUGUACGCGCAGUUCCUGCGGGAAAUGAUCAUCCAGCCCGGCAUCGCCAAGGCCAACCUCGGGGGGUCCCGGGAGGACGUGACCUUUGAGGACCACCCCCUGAACCCUAGCCCCGACAGCCGGUGGAACACCUACUUCAAGGACAACGAGGUGCUGCUGCAGAUCGACAAGGACGUCCGACGGCUGUGCCCAGACAUCUCCUUCUUCCAGAGGCCCACCGAGUACCCGUGCCUCCUCAUCCUGGACCCCCAGAACGAGUUUGAGACCCUUCGAAAGCGUGUGGAGCAGACCACGCUGAAGUCCCAGACGGUGGCCCGGAACCGGAGUGGGGUCACCAAUAUGAGCUCCCCGCACCGGACGGCCGCGCCCGCCUCCCUGAGCGAGUACGCCGUGCUGCCCGCCGGCUCUGAGGCCCACUGGGAGGUGGUGGAGCGCAUCCUGUUCAUCUACGCCAAGCUCAACCCCGGCAUCGCCUACGUGCAGGGCAUGAACGAGAUCGUCGGGCCCCUCUACUACACCUUCGCCACCGACCCCAACAGCGAGUGGAAGGAGCACGCGGAGGCCGACACCUUCUUCUGCUUCACCAACCUCAUGGCCGAGAUCCGGGACAACUUCAUCAAGAGCCUGGACGACUCGCAGUGCGGCAUCACCUACAGGAUGGAGAAGGUCUACUCCACGCUGAAGGAGCGGGACGUGGAGCUCUACCUGCGGCUGCAGGAGCAGAACAUCAAGCCCCAGUUCUUCGCCUUCCGCUGGCUGACGCUGCUGCUGUCCCAGGAGUUCCUGCUCCCCGACGUCAUCCGCAUCUGGGACUCCCUCUUCGCCGACGACAGCCGCUUCGACUUCCUGCUCCUGGUCUGCUGUGCCAUGCUCAUCCUGAUCCGGGAGCAGCUGCUGGAGGGAGAUUUCACCGUCAACAUGCGGCUGCUGCAGGACUACCCCAUCGCUGACGUCUGCCGCAUCCUGCAGAAGGCCAAGGAGCUCCAAGACAUGAAGUAGCGGGGGGCGAGCGACCCAGGUCUGGGAGAGAAGCCGCCGCCCCCGGGCCCCGGGCUGGGCCCACAACCCACGAAGCUGCAGUGCCGGCUCCUCGGGGCCAGGGGCCGUCCCGGGCCCAGCCGGCUCUCCUUGCCCCGCCUGGCUGCAGGGGUGCUGCUCCGGCAGGCGGGGCCCCCCCUGUCUCCGUCCUGCCCUCGCCCUCCUGCUGGGGAGGGGGCCGCAGAGAGGAGCGAGGCGGCGGGGGGAAGCUGGCACCUCUCCCCAGAGCGUGUGUGGGUGCCUGGGUGCGUGGGGGGUGUGCAUGUGUGGACGUGCGUUGGGGGGCGACUCUCCGACCCACCAGGUCUCUCCGUCUCUGUCCCCGUCACCCCUUCUUCCUCCCGGCGUGUGACCGUGGCCGUCUCUGUGUGCUCUGCCGGCUCUCUUGGGGUGCCUUAUCCCCAGCCUCCUCGCCCCUCCUGCUCCGUGACCCCCGACUCCGGGAGGACUCCGGCCCGGCCCCCGGCCCCCAGCAUUCUCCACCCUGGCCCAGCUCCUGCCACCCGCGUGGGGACCCAGGCGCUCCCGGGCCUGGUGCCUCUUCUCCUCUGUGCCCGGGAUGGGGGGGGGCACGGAAGGGCGAGGGCUGAGUGUGUGUGGGGGGCUCGGUCUCACCCCAGCAUGGGGUGUAUGUGUGUGUGGGGUGUUCCGUGCGGGCAGUGCUCAGGGCGCCAGCCUGGGCUGGGCCUGGGGCGCGUGUGUCCCCGGAGGCAGCAGGAGACGCUGGCUCCUGGCUGGUCCCUGCCGGGCCAGGGGGUGCGCUGCGAGCGGGCCGAGGCGGGCGUGCCGUGUUCUGGUCGGAUGUCCGAGGCCGACCGCCGCCAGGACGCCCUCUGCCCCCGCUGGUGCUGCUGGGGCCUCAUGUACCUGCCUCGGUACCGCCGUCUCUCCCGACACAGUAUUUGGGACGUCUUCCCUAUUUAUUUCUAUUUCCGGUUAUUUAUUGGCAGGUUGGCCCCUGCCAGCCGUGAGGCUGAGGGUGGGUCGGGGUCCCCGGAAGGAGAAAUGAUUAUCCCUGCUGCCUGCGGGCCCCCCAUUCUUCACCUUCCUGUGUCCUGCCUCAGGGACCGUCGAGGUCUUGCUGGUGCUGUGGGGAUGGGUGGGGCAUCUUGCUUGGCCUGAGUGGCAGGGGGACGGCGCGGACCCUCCCCGGUGCCUGCAGCACGGCCUGGUACCCGGCCAGGCCCCCCCUUAGCCCAGAACUUGUCAGCUGGUGGUCCCGUCCCGCCUGGACCCCAGCAGACACUGCCCAGACCCCUGCUGCAUUCCCUCUCGCCUGCCUCCCCACUUCCGUUUUUGGGGCCAUACUACUUGAAUCCCCGCAUCGCGCUUGCCUCGUGCCGACCUGCGUUCACCUUGGGGUGGGGGUCGGCAGCGCCGGGACCAUGCCUGGGUUAGACGGCUCAGGGGCGGCGCCGGAGGACAGGGUCGCCCUGGGGUCCCCCCUGCACGCCCUCCAGAGGCUCCAACAUUUCAUUUGCUUUCUCCCGCCCCCAUGUUCUGUUUCUGGAAUCAAUGCUGUCUAGACAAAUUGUCUUUAAUAAAUCACGUGUUCUUUGC